AUGUCGAGCAACAACGAUGCUACGUCAUCAUCUCUUCAAAACUAUGGUGAAAUAUUCACCAGUCAAAAUAAAUGGUUUGUUGACGAUACCAAUGUCUACCAUGUCACAGUUAACAAUUUGUUUGAUGGAAAUUUAACAACUACGCCGACCAAUGGUGCAGUUUUUAUUUUAAAUCCAAGAACUGGACAUCUAUACCUCAAGGUUAUCCAUGCAACUGUUUGGGCCGGUCAGAAGCUCCUAGGCCAGGUGGCGAAACGGAUAACUGCUGAAGAGGUUGCUGCGCUUGUGAGGACUCUCCCCGUUGAAGAAGAGCCGAAACAAAUCAUUGUUACUCGAAGCGAGUUUCAGCUUCCGUUCCACGCUUGUCUUAAGAUUGAGAAACUUGGUGAUGUGGUUUCGAAGGCGACAGAAUCGCAGAUGGUUUUGUUCAAUGUCUAUGAUGAUUGGCUGGAGAGUGUUUCUCCGUAUACCGCCUUUUCGAGACUCGUUCUGAUCCUACGUGCGCUUCAUGUGGAUAACGACAAGGCUAAGAUGUUGUUGAAGCCAGACGAGUCUGUUGUCACUGAGCCGCAUCACAUCUGGCCCUCACUCACUGAUUUCCAAUGGAUGACGGUGGAGGUAGCACUAAGAAAUCUCAUCCUUUCUGAGUACGCAAAGAAGAACAACGUGAACGCAUGGGAUCUGACGCUUUUUCAGUGGGGUCGUACUCACCGUCAACUCAAGGCAAGAGUUUCAGCGCAUGGGAGAGUUGGUGCCACUGCUGCUGUCUACACGGAAUCGGUUUUGGAAUACUUAACUGCAGAAGAUGUUGAGUUGGCUGGAAACGCCAGCAAAGAUCUGAAAAAAGUUCAAGAUGAUUGA